CAAAGAGACCGAGUCACAAGUGCCCAAAAGUACAGCCAAUAACCCAACACAACACCCAACAAAACCUACAACUCACACACAGCUACAAAAUGGAAUACCGGUGCUUUAGUAGAAGUUCUGUCAAACACCUAACGGCGCUCUGCGUCAUCAGUAUUGCACUCACAUGCGCCAAUGCGGCGUUAUGGCCCAGCUACAGCAGCAGCGACGAUGCGCCUUCCAGCAGAUGCGCCGGAGGGCGUGGACUGAAAUACCUAUCCGGUGAUGCGCUGACGGAUUCGCCAGACUGUUUGGGCCCCAACAAUGCGCCAUAUCCCAGUGCGGCCGUUGCGCGCACAUUCUCCAACUGGAACGGAAAUUCGCGACGUGGACGCCAGAGCAAAUUGCCGACCACUCUGGAUCCCGCUGUGACCACGAGUGCACUUUUGAGGGCCUACGAUGAGGUAAACAAUGAGGCUAUCGGAAGCAAUCGUUAUGGUCGUUCCCUGAAGAAUGCCUCGCCGGCGCAUCAGUGCAAGAGCGAUACACCGGCGCGUCUGUGCAAGACGCGCUACAACACCACGGCACCCAUGUAUGGCGUUAGUUUGACCUCUGGCCAGCCGGUCACCAUAGUUCAGAAGUUCCCCGAUCUCCUGCAGCAAGUCGUCUUCGAAGUGUGCGAGUCCUCUGAAUGUGAUGUGGUUCGCGGCGAGUGUACGCAAACCUAUGUGCCCUACCUGUUCCUGGUCAUCCCCCUGGGUCCCGUGACGCUAACCGGCCAGGACUAUGUGCUCGUGGAGAGCGGAUGCGUCUGCAAGCCGAAGUACUCGACGGGCGCCGCCCAGGAGCCCAACAUGAUACCGUAGGCGUUGGAGCGUACUACCACCAGUACUACGCCCACCCACUAGGAACACAAACAGCAACCAAAAGAACUGAGCGAGUUUUGGUCGAGGGUCGAAGCUGAGCAGCGGCUGGCUGCCUGGCUAAAUUAAUAUGUACUUAA